AGCUUAACACACUGGUACUUGGUCGUCGCAGCCUCGGUCGCAGCACAGACCUGCAGCAUGGCAUCGGAGGAGUUGUCUCGGAAGCUGCAGUCGCGCCUGGCCGCAACGCGGGAGGCCGAACCGAGCCCGGAGGUCAAGCCGGGUCUGAAGGCCGAACCAAGCGAGAAGGUCGAACUCAGCCCGGUCCGAACGAAAACGCAAGAAGCCGAUGCAGCCUGCGGCGACUCGUCCUCCGAGCUGUCUGCCAAACUGACCCGCAGGCUGGACAUCAGUGAGGGCAACGCGGCUCCUCGGGCCAGUCGCGUCUUUAACCCCUAUACGGAGUUCAAGGAGUUCUCCCGAAAGCAGAUCAAGGACAUGGAGGCGUUGUUCCGACGGCAUGACACUGGGAAAGAUGGUUUUAUCGACCUGAUGGAGCUGAAGCUAAUGAUGGAGAAGCUGGGAGCUCCACAGACCCACCUGGGGCUGAAGAAUAUGAUCAAGGAGGUGGAUGAAGACUUUGAUGGCAAGCUGAGCUUCAGAGAGUUCCUCCUGAUCUUCCGGAGAGCAGCGGCUGGAGAGCUACACGAGGAGAGCGGACUGAUGGCUCUGGCCAGGCUGUCGGAGAUCAAUGUGUCCAUUGAGGGGGUGAUGGGGGCCAAGGACUUCUUUGAAGCCAAGAUGCAGGCUUUGUCUGUGGGCAGCAAGUUUGAAGCUGAGAUUCGAGAGGAGAAGGAGGAGCGUAAAAGACAGGAAGUGGAGAAGAAGCAGAGGCAAGCAGCCUUCAAGCAGCUCCAGUCUACCUUCUGCUCCUGACCAGCCAUAGCCCAGACACGCUCCCUCAGCGACACCCACGUUUUAGAAAUAGCUUCACAUUCUGCUCAUGGAGCAGAGUGUCAAAAUCUGGCACCUUCCUAUCCAAAUUCUUUGAAGCUGCAUUUGGGCUAUUCCUCCGCUUGUAAAACAUAUCACAGCAGCUGGAGCGUAACCUCUCAUACGCCGGGAGAUCAGCGCUAGAGAAUUUAUGCAAAAGUAUUUGUUGUGGAUCUUUCUUUGGAUUGGUGUUUUCUGUUGUUCUGAACAGUGCUGUCUCAUGUUCCUAUCAUUAACAAUUGUGCUAUAAGUGUUAAUGAGUGUCAUUAAAUUAACCUCUAGUACACGUGUCGAGCUCUGUGUGUGCCCCUGCUGGUCUUCCAGCUCCCCCUGCCGAUUACCGUGAUCAGGUGUAUCAGUUGGCUUUUCUAGCUUGUCAUUGACUGAACACAUCUGGUCAAGCUAAUCAGUAGGAGUUGGGGCAGGGAGAGGCGGUAAACCGGCAUCACUUCGACAAUAAGUGUUUACAUCACACUAUUGGGUCAGUGGGCUAAGAACGCUUGGCGUCAUCUGUAAAGGAAUGGUUCACAUUUCGGGUGGUUGACAUGCUUGAGUCUAAUUUCUGUGUUCUGUACAUUGUACUAACCCUGGCAUUUCCCCAAUUCACCUCCUUUAAAUCUUCUGUGCAAAGACCACAGAGUUUUGGCUUCCUCUUAGGGGAGGUCCCCAGUCCUUGACCCUAUCCCAUCUGUGAUUGCUCAUGUAGGCACCAGACCUGAGGACUGGCCUAGGAUCCCUUGUUCUCCAUGCUGUCUGUAUAAUCAGCGGCAUGAGUGCACAGGAAUGACACAUUCAAUCUCAAAUGAAUGCAAAUCAUGUCCCUCAGCCCUGUAGCAUAACAAGACAAGCCCCAAGGCCACUUCAGUGAGUGCGAUUGGUCACCAGCUUCUUCACAGCCAGAACCUGUUAGGUUUUGGUGUGUCCCUUAAACUGACCUGCUUCAGUACGUUAAGGUGGAAAACAGACAGCUAGCAGCCGUAGCUAAGCAUAGCCCACCCCACGUCUAUAGGCAUCCUGAACCUGAUCCUACCGGUGUCACAGUGCUUCGGAUCAUCUAGACAUGGAUCUUGGAGUCUUCAGAUCAGAUUUUCUCUAAGCUGUGUGUAUUGUUACUGUGAAUGCUCUUUUUCUCUGUAGCAUGUUCAAGGUGUCAUAACAUAACUACUAAUGUGAGAUGGACAGUGUAUUUUUUCAUGAAUAAAGUAAAGUAGUCUAUAUUGUUAUGUGUUUGAGACCUACAGUAUAUGUUGCCAAAUCUGGAAAGGUCGAUGAAAUCUAUUUUUGGGCACUUGUACAGUUAUUGUGUUGUUAUAAUCCCUGUUGGAAUGCAAAUGUUUGACUGACUGGAAUAAAUUAAGGUGAUUAAAAAAUCUGA